AUGGUAAAACUAAGGAAAUUCCGAAUUUCUCAGUCUCAAUUAUUCAAAAUCUGUUGCAUCGCCUGUUUGGCCGCUUUCAACGCCUUCCUCUCCAACGUCAACCCAAUAAGUCCCUGCCAAACGAAGAAAACGCCGAGCACCGUUAACGCGAAUCUCAAAACAGCGAAACCCAUAGGAAACACUUCGAAGAACAGCGAUCCGAGAAUCAGAAUCAAACAAAUCGCAGCGAGAAUCAGAAAGAAUAUUCUGUCGGUUCUCGCGCGUCUCUCCCCUCCAGACACAAUUCCAAUCGCCUCGAUAAGCAAUGGACGAUUUGGUUCCCACGUGUUAACUGAUCUCUCAUGUCUAAAUCGAUCGUCUAUCGUGAAUCGAGCACGUAAUCCAACGUGA